GUGUGUGUGUGUGUGGUGGACCAUCCCGUCAGAGGUGCCCAUUACACACACAUGACCUGACGAGACUCCACAAACACCCCCUCAAAAAGUACCACUGAAUACUGGCUGUCACAGAGCACAAGAAUAGGAUUUAAUAAGGAACUUAAUUGGGAAUGGAGUCAGUGAAUGCAGAGGAGUUCACAGUGGAGGCGGUGGAGAGGGCUCUUCAGCAGCUCUACUAUGAUCCUGAAAUGGGAAAGAAGAAUGUGGCCCAGAAGUGGCUCACACAAGCCCAGGCAUCACCCCAAGCAUGGCACUUCUGCUGGGCUUUGCUCCGGCCAGACAAAGUUCCAGAGAUCCAGUUCUUCGGGGCAAGCACAUUACAUGCUAAAAUUUCCCGCCACUGGUCUGACCUCCCAACAGGUCAACUAGACUCUCUCCGUUCGCAGCUCAUCGCCCAGGUCGGCCAGUUCGCGUCAGGUCCUAAGAUGGUGCUGACGAGACUCUGUGUUGCUCUGGCCUCUUUGGUCCUUCACGUCGUACCCGAAACAUGGCCAACCGCAGUGCCUGAUCUUCUGUGUGCCUUCCAGACAGGGGAGGUUGUGACAGAGGCUGACGGUCAGGCCCGAUGCCUUGCGCUUCUAGAGAUCCUCGGCGUUCUGCCCGAGGAGCUUCAGAGCAGCAGGAUCGCUGCCUCUCGGCGUUCACAGCUCAGAGGUGUUCUGGCUGUGGAGUGGAGCUCCGUCUGCUCGCUGCUCCAGCAGUUACUACAACAGGCAGACGCUCCCUGUGGGGUCAGAGAGCGGGUGAUGAGGUGCGUGUCCUCCUGGCUCACGCUGGACAUCGCUUUGAAAGACAGCGAGGGGCUGCUGCAGAGCUGCUUUGCCCUCCUCAAGGAGUCUGAGCUCUUUGACAUGGCUGUGGAAACCAUCGUCAGCAUCAUCUCACAGCCUGAUUGUCAGAGGUUUGCAGACAGUCUGCUGAAGGUUGUUCCUCAGGUUCUGGGUCUUCAGGAGCAGCUAAAGAAGGCAGUGCAGGAUGGAGACAUGGAGACGUCUCAUGGAAUCUGUCGCAUUGCUGUAGCUCUGGGAGAAACGCAUUGCAGGACUCUUCUGGAGCAGGUGGAUCACUGGCAGGGCUUUCAGGCUCUAGUGAGCAUGAUUAUGUCCUGCACUGCUACACCUGGACGUUACCCUGUGGAUGAGACCUCCAGCUCUCUCACACUCACAUUCUGGUACACCCUACAGGAUGAGAUGACGUCAUUGGAUGCUGAGAGGCAGACACUCUAUCUACAGAUCUACAGACCUGUGUACUUCCAGCUGGUGGACGUUCUGCUGCAGAAGGCCUGUUUUCCCAGAGAUGAGGACUAUGCCACAUGGUCCGCAGAUGACAAAGAGCAGUUCAGGACCUACAGGGUUGACAUCUCUGAUACUCUGAUGUAUGUGUAUGAGCUGCUGGGCCCAGAGCUCCUCAGAAACCUUUAUGAUAAACUAGGCACACUGCUGACGGACACAACACACCCCUCCUCAUGGCAAGAUAUAGAGGCUCUGCUGUUUGGUUUUCAGUCCAUUGCUGAGACAGUAGAUGUCAGUUACUCAGACGUCAUUCCAGGACUGAUCGGUCUGAUUCCUCUGAUCACAGCCAACAAUAUUCAGCUGGCUGAGACCAUCAUGUUCACCAUAGGCUCUUUGGCUGAGUGGCUGGCCGAUCAUUCGCUCAUGUUGGCGAGUGUCCUGCCUGUGGUCUUGCAUGGUCUGUCCAACCCGGAUCUGUCCGUGUCUUGUGUCUCAGCUCUGAAGAGAAUCUGCCGAGAGUGUCGGCAUGACCUCCACCUUCACGCCAGUGACAUCAUGGCCGUCUCACAGGCGGUGCUUGUCAAAGAGAUCCAUAAAAGCCCGCAGUGCAUGUGGAUAAUGCAGGCACUGGGUUUCCUGCUCUCAGCCCUGCCCAGUGAAGAGAUUCUGGGGAAGCUGCUCUCUCUGGUCACUCCCCACAUCCAACAGCUGGAGAAACUGGCCAAUGAGCUGGUGAGGUGCAAUAAUCCCAGCUCUGCUAAUAAACUUCCUACUAUCCACAUCCUUGGCCUGCUGUCUAAUCUCUUCUCUACAUUUGAUCUAAACAAGCAAAGUGAAAGAGUGGAAGUGAUGAGGCCUGUCCAAACACAGCCACACAGCAACAACCCGGUGGUAGUUGUCCUGCAACAGGCCUUCCCUUUAAUACAGACUGUUCUCAACAAGUGGCUGAAUGAACCUGAGGUGGUAGAGGCGGUGUGUGCUGUCUUUGAGAAAUCACUUAAGACCCUUAUCCAUGACUUUGCACCGCUGGUGACUCAGCUCUGUGAGCUCAUUGGUCAGAUGUUCAGCGCAUACCCACAAGCCUCGACUUUAGACCUCACAAGACAAUUAGUUCACAUUUUUGGCUGUGAGAAGGAUCGUUUUACUCCAAUCACUGCCCUUUUAGAGCUGAUUACCAACAUCACCAUGUCCAUUUUUCAGCUAGGCUCCAGAGAUCAUCCAGAUGUGGUGGAGUCAUUUAUGCAGCUUCAUGCUCAGGUUUUGAGAAGAAAGUCUGAGCUUUAUCUUUCAGACCAUCUUGAUAUUAAAGCUGUAUUCUACUGUGGAAUCUUGUCCUUCAAAUUCCCUGAAACUCCAACACUGAAAGCAACCUGUCUGCUAUUUACGGAGCUGAUCUCUCAUUGUGAGGAUGUUCCUGCUGUGAGGGAGCUGCUACAGGAUGACGGCAAGCUGCUCCUUCAGACCCUACUAGAGGCUAUUGGGGGUCAGUGUCCGAGCAGUCUGGCUGAGCACUAUGCGGAGGUCUUGUUCUCAGUGAGUCGUAACUGUCCCAGUGUUCUGUCUCUGUGGCUCAGAGAGGCUCUUCUGCCCCCUGGUUUCCCCAGCUCACACCUCACCGCUGAAAACAAAGAGCACUUCUGCCAGCAGAUCCUCAGGGAACAAGCGAGUAAGCGACGGAUGAAGGACAUUGUGAAAGAGUUUGCUCUGUUGAGUCGGGGACUUGAAGGGACCGAGUACACAGCGAGCUACUAAACACACUCUCCAUGCAAGACCCAGAUUGGAUCUCGAGACAUAUUUGCUUUAGUAUUGUGGGGUCAAAAGAUACAGUGCACACUUUAGAAUACAAUAAAGCUAAAUUGUCAACAU